AUGUCGAUUCAAGGGUCCUAUAAGCCGCGUAAGCCGAAGCUCGGUCUGAUAUGCAUGGACAAAAAGGCGAAGUCCGAGCCGAUGAAAGCCUUGCUCUCAAAGCUCAAUCAUGACGAUUACCUCGAUAUAGUUGAGUUUCCUGAAUGUAUGCUAUUGAAUGAAGAUAUAGACAAGUGGCCCGCGGUGGAUGUCAUCAUUGGGUUCCAUUCAAAGGGUUUUCCUCUAAGAAAGGCUAUAGCAUAUGAAAGACUACACCGCCGCGCCCUUACCAUCAAUUCCUUGAGUGACCAGAGGGUCCUGCUGAGCAGAUUUGACGUUUAUAGACGCAUGGAUCAGCACUCAAUUCCCACAUGUAUGCACAUACUUUUAGAGCGGGAGCCGCCAGCACCAGAGCGCAUAUGCGAUGCAUGCAAAGCCAUCAUGCUCAAGACAGGGAAUUCGGAAACACGAGCUGAUUCCAUUUGUUGCACUUGCAAAUAUAAGGACCCUCCCGGGUUCAUAGACGAAGGUGAGUACAUAGAAUAUGAGGGCACACGAAUCUACCGACCAUUCUUAGAAAAACCUCAGGACAGCGAAGACCAUAAUAUCUGGAUUUAUUACCCUUCGGUCAAGGGUCCACUUACAGAGGCAGGCGAAAAGCCCAGGUCUGCUCGACAGGAAGGAGUUACAAAGCUCUUCAGGAAGGUUGAUAAUAGAUCUUCUGUUUUUGUGGAAGGCUACUUCCCCAUUCGUCGAAAUGGCUCCUAUGUCUACGAGGCAUUUCUGCAGCCGGAGGGUAAUACAGAUGUCAAAAUCUAUGCUAUCUUUCCAAACUACAUCCUUGCAGAAAAGCGAAAAGCCCCACACAUUGACGGUGUUGUCCUGCGAGACCCUGAGACUCGCAAGGAGGUGCGUGAGCCUACUGAGCUGACCAGUAAGGAGCGCGAUAUCUCAAACCUCAUCUGGCGCGCGUUCAAGCAACGCGUCUGUGGUUAUGACUUUAUCCGCUCUGGCAACAAGUCCUACGUCUGUGAUGUCAAUGGCUGGUCCUUUGUGAAAACUAACUCCCACUAUUAUGACAACUGUGCACGAAUCCUUCGAGAGCUUAUCCACCAAGCACUAAACAUUGAUCAAAGGGCUCUCACAGUGACGUAUGGCCUUCAGCUGGAAGAGUAUUGCUUUCGUAAAUAUGAGCACGAUACUACGACGACAAAUGUCGGCGAGUACACAUACAAAAGCUCCAACAAGUACUUCAUUGACCAUGGCUAUCUGAAGGUUCUAGCCAACAAGAAGAGCUCUCUAUCUCAAAAGAUCUCUACGUUUUUAAUGAGCAAGGACGUCUUUUCAUCGUCAAGCUCGUCAGGACCGUCCAGUACAGACAGCUGUGCUCCAAAGUCUUCUGAGCUACCUGCUUCCGAAAGCAAGGCCCAUGUCUCUUUUGGGGACUACGUAGGAUGCACAAUGAAACCGCGAGGCCUUGUUUCAAUCCUACGACACGGAGAUCGCAUCCCUAAGUUUAAGCUCAAAAUAACAUCAUCUAAUAACAGCCUUUUCAAGAUAUUUGCCGGUAUUCUUGAUCGCGAUGUUGAGCUAAAGGAGUAUAACAGACGAGAGGAGGAACUGCGCGACUUUGUGCUGAGACCAGAGUACUCUGUUGGCCGUGCAGAGGAAAUAGCGACCACAAUAAGCUCUAUCUUAACGGAAAUAGGCUAUGACCUGAUGGAGUUGGAGACAGCUCCACUCCUUACUGAAUCUAUCGACACUUCCUAUGACAGCCCAUCGUCCUCCUCUGCUGAGUGCGACGGGGGCCCUGAAAAGGGUGACUGUUGCUCUGUACGAGAGAAAGUUCGCAAGCAUCUUACCAUGGUUCGUGAUGGGAUUUCCAUCAAACUGUCAUCCCUGAAGAUAUUAAAGUCCUUACCUCAACAUAGACAGUCCGAGCCUUCACUUAUAUCAGAGACUAACACAGAGGCUAGCAGUGCAACUCAGUUUACAGAUGCAAUUUUCUUUUCAACACAAGAGAUUGAGGCUCUAAAAUUGGCUUAUGCAUUGCUCCGCAAUGAGAUUGCAGGCACAAAGAUUCAGCUUAGGGUGGUCAAGAAAGCGCCUCUCAUGUUUCAGAUGAUAAUCAAGUGGGGUGGGUAUCUAUCCAUCGCAGGACUUCGCCAGUCGUUUCUGAUGGGCAAACAGAUCAGGCGAAUGUUCCUGACAUACUUUGAUGAUCCUGCAACGUACUUUAGAGACAAGGAUGCGCUAACUGCCUCCUUGCGCCGAGAAGGUACUGCUCCGUCUCAGCCUCCAACCAAUGUGAGCUCUCCACUCAUAGCCCCCAGAGCCACUCCCCUUCAAGAUGAGGACAUUGGCAGCGAGGCACAGGCGGCCAUUCGUGAAAAGCGGUGCCGUCUGUUUAGUCAGAUACUCCACGUGUUCUAUGGAAAUGAGCGACGGGUGAGGAAGACGGCCAUAGGUGUGCUGCUUGGAAUCUGCGCUGACAUAGAUGCAGAGAUAGACGACAUCUUUCCGUGCCUAUCUAACUAUGACAGCUAUGAAUUAGCACCCAAUGCAUUGAAGCUACUCAACAAGCUAUAUGGGAAUGAUCAGCCGCUACCGUACAUUCACCUCUAUCCCUCGCAACUGUCACAGAUCCUUGUGGAGGGAGGAGACAUUCUAGCAUCAAAGUCCAGGUUAGUUACAGCUGCGAUGCGAGCAGAGCAGCACAAGAUCAACGAAAUCCUUAACAGAACGGUCAGCAGUGUUGACAAGUUCUUCUCAAAGACUCCUGGGUCUGCCAUACAAUCAACUAAAAUUUCAAAUGAUUGUGCACAUUCUGCAAUUCUUUCGUUAGAUAAGUUAGCUAACAAGCAUGCUUUCAAUGUUGAUCACAAUACAGAGACAGAGUUAUGCCCUGUUCCCGAUUUCACGACUUCCAAUUUAAACGGAACCCUCGCCUGCGAGUCUACUCCAAAUAUCCCAGCCUUUCAGAAUGAUACGCACUUACCUCACCAAGCAAGAAGGCUAUUAAUGAACGUCGUGGAUAGCAGCCGUACCUUGGACUAUAGCGAUUUCUUGUGUGCACGCACUGGUCGAGAAGCAUCAGGCAGGUCUGUUAAAAAGUCAAUCAUGAACAUGUUUUCUUCGGCCUUCUCUACUACCCCUACGGGUACUACUGCAGCCGAGUCAUCAAGCCUCACUUCCCACUUCAAGAGGCCUUCCAGCAAAUUACCAACGGUUUGUUCCCAGCCAGGCUUGGAGCUAUUAUGUCCAGACCAGAAAGAACUUACUGCUUGUACAGAGCUUGAAGUAAGCACCAGCUCUGAUCUUCUAUCUGCACGUACAGACCUUUCUACCAUGUAUAGUCACAGAAGCAUAUCACCAAGCAGUAAGCACGAGCUUGUUCCCCAAUACGCCUUAGCUGAACCGGCAGCUGAGAUGACUGACUCAAGUGUCACGAAUCAUGCAGCGCUUAGGUCGCAACCAAAUCAUGGUCUAUGUCCCAGGGAUGUAGCAGCAGACUACGCUUAUACUAGACCGCAAGGAGCGCUUAUUAGCUUAAGCAGAGAGUGUUCUGAGCCGGACAGCAUAAGAAUUCUUGAGGCGCCCCUGCCCGUAGAUUCUCGGAGGCAUGUUCCGGACAAGUAUGUCUCCACAGUAAUGCAAGCCUUUCGAGGCUGUCUCCGACCGACGACAUUCGCACUACAUAGGGAUGCCGCGUAUAGUAUCUACACCAGCAUGAAAACCUUUAUCAAAGAAGCCCAGAGGUUUUUAGCUACAGAUGGAGCCACGAGUAACACCUCAUUUAAUUUGAGCAAGAUCUACCGCGAUUUCGGGGACGAAAUUUACCUUAAAUCAUCCAGACCCCUAGACUGUGAGAAGCUAUGUACCAAUACUUCAGCACCUGACAAUUCAGUUGUGGCUACUCAAGGCUUCGUAGAAAAUCAAGAUCAGCUGGACCCCAAGCAUACUCAGAUUUGCCCUUCUAAAUUGCCCAUAAGAAUUCAGUCAUCAAAGAUUCCAAUCUUAUCUCAACUUAAGUUUGUUCUUAAAAGCAUGAGGAAAGACGGAUACUAUGACUUUUCAAAGCUUGUGGACAUUUAUCAAUGCCUUAGAUUUGUAAGCAUACACUACGAUAAGCUGGCAUAUAUGGAUAGCUUUAAUAAGUUAUAUAAACACGUAGAACUUUACGCACAAAACUUAGCAUACUACAACUAUGGAGUGCAGGAGCUGGACCGUGGCCGCAUUGCUUAUAGCAUAGGUGGCAUGCUUUUGGAUGCCGUGCUUGGAGACCUCGUUCAGUACACAUUGCGAUUGACAAAGAAACAGAGUGCACAGCACAGGCGCAUGCUUUUAACAGAAUCUAGCACUGGCGGUAUUGCUGAGUCCAGCCUUGAUUGCAAGGCUCAACAUGCUGUAACGUCGAUAAGCUCUACUGCACAGAUGUGUGCCUCUGCGGGCGACCAGCAUGGCACACCGAAGGACGAAGAGGGUCUUUCAGAACAAAGCAUGCUUGCAGAGAUUUAUGUCGGCGGUGAGGCUUAUCUCCAUGCAACAAUCAAUUUGCUGCUCUCUCAGGACCAUUUGCUGCCAUUUUUAGCCAAAGAACGGUGUAUAACCCGCAAUAUCUCGUAUCUUGCCAAUGUACACUUUGUUCUUUGGGAGCUGUCUAAGCCGGGGCUUGACCCAACUUACCUGAUGGAGACCUUCUUCUCUCCUGGAACAACGAGUGAUAUCUUUCAGCCUAACACGCAUAAUACCCAACCAAUUGACCAACCAGAAACCCUCAUACACCCCAUCCCACUCCAGUUUCUCAACGGACUCGUGAGCAAGUCCAUACGGCAGGCACAGCAAAAGAAGACGUCUGAGCGACUUCUCUCAACGGUCUGCGUGUUGAGGCAUGCCGAUCGAACACCGAAGCAGAGGCUUAAAUUCAGAGUCCAAGAUGAACACCUAGUUGUUAGCAUAAUGGCAGAGCUCUCGUCAAGUCCAAUUGCACCGGCCGACGUUACUUUGUGGAGCGCUAAUCACACGGAUAAAAAGCUAAUAGACGCCAUAUCUAAAAUCAUAGAUGGACAUAUUGCUAGAUUGGCCAGCUUAUGCUACGAAAGCGGCACUGGACCUGCAAGUUCGUCAAAGAGCGACCAGAACCUUCUAGCUAAUCUGAAUGAUCUCUUGACAAUUAUAAGGAAUAAUCCACCAGCACUAAAAAUUCAGGUCAAGUUCCCUACACCAUGGAAGGGUGUGAAGGUCCUUACACUAAUUGCCAAGUAUGGGGGAUUAUUAACUAAGAUGGGGACGAUUCAAAGCCGACAGUGUGGCCAGCAGAUUUUUAGAACCCUCGUUGACGAUGUCCUUGACAACGAAGAGUCCAAUCAGACCCCUGAGCAGCGCCUCAAUUAUCUCCACUUCCUCAUUCGUACUUGUAGGGUUUACUGCAAUGAUGAACCCCGAGUUCGAGAAACAGCAGAAGAGUGUGUGUCACGCAUUGUUGAGUGCUGGAACUCUCACUUGGCUGGCGACAACAAAGAUGGCAUCAUCCACUGGGACAAAACUAGCGUCACAGAACUCACAAUGCUUUCAGAAGUGGACAAGUAUGCACGAUCACUGAUAGACGAUCAAAAGCGAACCCUUAACGAGGCUCUGACAAGCAGCGUUAAUCUGUCAAACGCAAACCCCAGCACCCUGUCUCCAACGCUCCGGAUGCUUCUCCGCAACAUACCCCCCACAACCCAGGUGGAACUGCAAAUACCAAGCCUCCGCUUGGGAACUCUUAAAGACUUACUUUUUAAAUUGAUUAGCGACUAUGAGGAGUUCUUCCUCAACUCAAAUGCAAAUAAUAAAUCUUGCGGCGGAACCCCAGACGAAGUGGAUAAUGAUAAUGAGACCCCAGAAAUUGUAUUGCUCCGCAUGCGCUCGAUUGCCGAGAGUUUCUACAAACGCAAGGACGGGUCGUACGAUGUAAGCAAGAUAUCGGAUAUUGUAGACCUUCUGCGCUAUGAAGUUCUUCAGCGACGAGCCAUUCUAACAACGGAUAUUCAGAACACACUAAAGCAGGCCUGGGACGCGGCUAAGAUAUUAGCUAAAGUCACUGUUCACCAGGAGUUUGGGCUGGCAGAUCUCUGGAAGUUCGCCAUUGCAUCUCUAAUCUGUAACGACUUGUUGAAGUAUAUUAUCGAUGAUCUAAAAAGUCCGGGGUUGCUCUUCUACUUCACUUCUGAAAGCCAUCUGCACGGGCUCCUAAACCUCCUAUUAUGCUCUCCUAUCUCCAAGUGCCAGGUUGAGCGCGACUCUGUGUCUAGUGUAGACUUCUUAUCGCAUUUCAUUUUUAAGGCGUACACAGACUCCAGCGAUGGUAGAUGUUCACGAAUUGAGGUAUACUGGAGUCGUGGCAGUGCACACUCCCCCUACAAACUGGACACGUCGAGCUCAGAAAGCGUUCUGCGUGUCCAGGAGCCCAUUCUAAUGUCUGAUAUCUUGAUUCCUAGCGAUCUACAAGAUAUGCUAGACAGUAGCAAAGAUAUCAUUGAUUUAAUAAAAGCUAGAGACGCCGAUCUGAUGCCACUCUUGCCCACAAUGUGA